GCCAGUCCACACGCUCCUCCAAACUUUACGCACGGAUGUUCUCCUGUGGAAGGAUUUUACUCUGGAUUCCGAUGCGUUUCAGCCGAGGCGUCUUCUUCUAGAGAUCUUUUCUGCCGACUGGAACAAUCCCAAGAGUUUUUUCUCCCCUUUGAAAUCUUAAAAAACAAAAAAAACGUUCUUAUACUUUAAAAGCCGCACUCCAGCAGACAGAUGCAGUAAAUCCUAAGAAAAGCUAAAAACAUGAGCGGUGUGUUAAAGUGCCUGGUGUUGGCGCUCUGUAUCAGCGCGCACAGGCUCUUGGCAGUACCCCGGGUUGAGGAGGAUGAUGGAUCCGGUGACAGCGCCUCGACUCUGGCCUUUGUGUUCGAUGUUACCGGCUCCAUGUACGACGAUCUGAAACAGGUGAUCGAGGGCGCCUCGCGGAUCCUGGAGAAGACCCUGAGCCGGAGGACGAGACCCAUCAAAAACUUUGUGCUGGUCCCCUUCCAUGACCCAGAGAUCGGCCCAGUGUCCAUCACCACCGACCCAAAGAAGUUCCAGCAAGAUCUACAAGAGCUGUUUGUCCAGGGUGGGGGCGACUGUCCUGAGAUGAGUAUCGGAGCCAUAAAGAAAGCCUUGGAGGUGUCUCUGCCUGGAUCAUUCAUUUAUGUCUUCACUGAUGCCAGAGCCAAAGACUACCGCCUGAAAAGAGAUGUUCUGCAGCUGGUGCAGCUCCGUCAGUCACAGGUGGUGUUUGUGUUGACCGGGGACUGUGGGGAUCGUUCCCAGCCCGGCUACAGGGCUUACGAGGAGAUCGCUGCCACUUCCUCUGGACAAAUCUUUCACCUGGACAAGCAGCAGGUUAACGAGGUUUUAAAGUGGGUUGAGGAGACAAUUCAGACCUUGAAGGUCCACCUGCUAUCCUCCAAUCAUGAAAGUGCCCAAGAGAACAAGUGGGAUGUGCCCUUUGACCCCAGCCUGAGAGAGGUCACUGUGUCACUCAGUGGACCAGCACCACAAAUUGAGCUCAGCGAUCCAUUUGGUCGUGUAGUUGGAGUGGAGCAGGGCCUUAAAGAGAUGUUGAACAUUCCCAACUCUGCACGUAUUGUCAACCUGAAGUUUCCCAGACCUGGAGCCUGGAAACUGAAGGUGAGCUGCAGCGGGCGUCAUACUCUGAGGGUCACAGGAGUCAGCAAUCUUGACUUCCGGGCUGGCUUUUCCAGUGUACCAGUUUCUGAGUUCAACCACACCAGGGAAAGGCCAGUAAAAGGACUUCCAGCUCACGUUUUACUGAAAUGUACUGGCCUGAAGCCUCCAGGUCAGCUGAGCCACGUGGAGCUGAUGUCAGGCUCAGGGCGCUCCUUGCGCACAAUCCCCGUGCCGCUGCCCUCUGACCUUGGCCAACAAGGACUGUGGAGUCUCCCGGAGUUUCGCACUCCCUCCCAGAGCUUCUUCAUCAAGGUGACAGGCAAAGACGAGGAGGGCUACCGCUUCCAGAGGCUGUCCAGUGUCUCUUACACCAACAUCGUUCCAGAUCCCCCAGCUGUGAGCAUGCCUGAUGUGGUGAAGGGGUUUUACAUGCAGCCCACUGUGAUCGCCUGCUCCGUGGAGAGUGACAUUCCCUACAGGCUAAGAUUUAGCAGAAGUGGGAUUACACUGGGAGAGGAGAAGUUCUUUCAGAACUCUGCCAUAGCAUCAUGGGAGAUUGCCCACGCCUCAGCCGGGGAUGAGGGCCUGUAUGAGUGCAUUGCGCAAAGCAGCGCAGGACAGGGACGUGCCUUAACCCAGUUGACCGUUCGAGAGCCUCCUCCGGUUCUGAAGCCAGCAGUCAAUGUGACUUCCGUGGUCGGCGGCGUCGCCCUGCUGUCCUGCCAGGUAGAGGGAUCCAUGCGCCACAACUUAACCUGGCAUCACGCAGGUCGUACCAUUCGGGCCCACGCAGGAAGAGUGAAGCUGCUGGCGGAUUCGUCCCUGCAGGUCAAUGGGGUGCGGACUCAGGAUGCUGGGGAGUACCACUGUGUGGCCACCAACACCCACGGAGACAGCAGAAUCACUGUGUGGCUUCUCGUCCCAGAGGCUCCUUCUGUGGUGGUUCACCCACAGAGCCAGGCUUUCUCCCGAGGGGACGAGAUCCGCCUUGUCUGCUCGGCGUCCGGCUCCCCCCCUCCCCAGCUCUUCUGGAGCCAUGGAAACCUGUUCCUCACUAAUCGGCCGAGGCUGAGUAUAAACCAGUACGGAGUUCUGACCAUUAGAGGGGCUCUCCCAGAGGAUGCUGGGAAUUACACUUGUCUGGCAACCAAUGAGGUUGGAACUGCUUCUCAUUCGGUGUCACUUACUUUUGCAGAGGUGCCGAGGGUAACAGUGACACAGCAGAUUGUGCUUGUGUCUGUCGGCAGUGAUGCCACUCUAGAGUGUCAAGCCACUGGUGUUCCCUCUCCCCUUUUCCACUGGUUCAAAGGUGAGCUUGAGGUGGGCUCUGCUCCUUUUGUUGAGCAGGACAUCCACCGUGGCACCCUGCACAUUCGAGGGGUACAGGAGGUUGACGCCGGCCAGUACAGCUGUGUGGCCAGUAGUUCUGCUGGAAGCUCUGCUGGCAGUGUCACUCUGGAGGUUGGAGCGGGGCCAUUGUUCUCUGAGGCACCGGUUGACGUGGCAGCUAGCGUAGGAGAGAAUAUCACCCUCCCCUGCGUUGCCCGUGGGUUCCCGCAGCCAAUGGUGACCUGGCACAGAAAGGACGGCAGACAGAUUGUUACGAGGACGGACAGCCACAGCAGAACAAUGCAGCUGGAGAACGGCCAUCUUUUAAUCCAGAGUGUCUGGCUGGAUGAUGAGGGGCUCUACAUCUGUGAGGCUAAGAACCAGUUUGGAACCAGCAAAACUGAGGCCAGAGUUACUGUCACUGGACUGGAGCCCCCUGUCUUGGCUCAUGGUGCACCAAUCAUUACCACUGGUGUUGGUCAGUCCCUGAGUAUUCCUUGCAUGCUGCUGGACGGAAUACCUCUUCCAGAAAGACAUUGGUCCCAAAAUGGAAAACCCGUUCAGCUAAAUGGGAGGAUGUUCCUGAGGAGUGAUGGCAGUCUAUACAUUGAAAGAACUACCCCAGAGGACACUGGCACAUACGUCUGCACUGCGGUGAAUGUAGCAGGCUCCAUGAACAUCACAGUCACCCUGGAGGUCCACGUGCCCCCCGAGAUCAACGCUGGUCCGUACCACUACAUAGCCAACGAAGGCGUGGACAUCACACUGUCGUGCGAGGCCAGUGGCGUUCCCAAGCCAAAUGUUGUCUGGUCCAAGGGUAGGCAGCCUGUGCUCAGAGAUCACUCCUCGCUUCAGUAUGAUCCUGAUGGAUACCUCCACAUCCCCCACCCCACCGCCGACGAUGCAGGUAUCUACAUCUGCACCGCCACCAGUCCUGUGGGCUACGCCAGCCGUGAGAUCCAGCUCAGUGUCAACACCAUGCCCAAGAUAAUGGGUGUGAGCGACCAUGACAACACAGUGAAGAUGACAGCAGAGGUGGGAGCAGAGGUUGUUCUUCCAUGCGAGGCCCAGGGAAGUCCAUCCCCACUCGUCACAUGGAGCAGAAACGGGCAUCCCAUCCCCCCCGUCACAGCUGGGUUCACUGUUUUGCCUUCAGGCUCUCUGAAGAUCACUGAUGUGCGCCUGAUUGAUAGUAAACUCUACAUGUGCACUGCAGAAAACCCAGCGGGCAACAUGUCCGUAAGCUACAAUUUACACAUUCAAGCUAAGCCAAGGAUUCAGCCGGCGCCCUCCCUCCUGAAAGCCCUGAUUGGCCAGACAGUGACUCUGCCAUGUGUGGUCCAGGGAGAGCCGAGCCCUGAGGUAACUUGGUUUCAUAAUGGGCUUCCUGUUGGGGUCAACACGACGCCCUUCAGGAUCCAGCAGGUCAAACUCGCUGACCAGGGUACCUACCAGUGUGUGGCCAGGAACAGUGCAGGAGAGGAGACUCUGGAGAUCAAGCUGGAAAUUCUUGAGGCCCCAUCAUUUGCAGAACCUGGAGAUGCCGUCAUGGAGAAAGUAGCAAACAGCAAGGUCAUCAUCCCCUGUCCCGUCGAAGGUUCACCUCGCCCCAAAGUGCGCUGGUUUAAGAACGGCCUGGAGAUACACCCCAAACAAUCAGAGUUUUCUGUGGCGAGGGAUGGAGCGCUUGUAAUUAGCACAGCAUCUGCCAGCCACAGCGGGGAUUUCAAGUGCAUGGCAACCAAUGAGGCGGGCUCUGUGGAGAGAAAGACGAGGCUGAAAGUAAAUGUUCCCCCAGAGAUCCAAAACGAUAACCAGCCUCUGAACCUCACUGUCACCUUGAAGCAGCCCCUCACUCUGGGCUGUGAUGUCUUCGGGAUCCCCUCCCCAACAAUCACCUGGUCUAAAGAUGGUCAUCCUGUGAACAGUCCUGGCGUCUAUCUGCAGAAUGGAAACAGGCUGCUCAGAAUCUACAGAGUUCAGCCUGAUCAUGCAGGACAGUUUGCCUGCACGGCUCAAAACUCGGCAGGAGAGGCCAGGAGAGAGUACAAUAUAGUGGUGCAAGCUCCACCAGUGAUUUCAGGAACGUCCCGACUACAAGAGUUAACUGUGGUGCUCGGACAGGAGGUGGAUUUUCAGUGCAGAGUCAGCGGACAACCACCACCCAGAGUGGAAUGGAGCCGCGAUGGAGAGGUCCUGUCCCGUGAUGGAGACCCCCAUGUGGAGUUUCUGGAAGAUGGCCAGGUGCUGAAGGUGAAGUCAGUCAGACUGAGGGACCAGGGGCUUUACCAAUGUCUGGCCAGUAACAACGCAGGAACUCAGAUGCGCCAGUUCAGACUCACAGUGCAAGCUCCCCCGACCAUCAAGGGCCCCAGUGAGACCUUGGAGGUGUCAGUGGUUCUGGGUUUCCCCACAGUCCUCCCCUGUGAUGUUGAGGGUUCACCAACGCCCAGCAUCACCUGGCUAAAAGACAACCAGCCCAUAGUAUCCAGUCCCCAGCAGACGUACACCCGCAGUGGGCAGGCCCUGCGACUGGGCUCGGCACAGGGAGACAGCACGGGUCUCUACACCUGCAGGGCCACGAAUCCAGCGGGCACAGCCAUCAAGCACAUUUCUGUCAGUGUUCUGGUCCCACCACAGAUAGAGGGUGAUUCAACAUCUUUGAAGUUCGGUGGUCAGGAGGAGAAAGUUCGGAUCAACGGGAGCUUAAGCCUCUCCUGCUUGGCCAAAGGUUUCCCUGAGCCCAAGGUCAAUUGGUUCAAAGACGGACAGUUGCUGAAUGGAAACAUCCAUGCUGGCAUCCAGGAGAGCGGCCAUUUCCUCCACAUAGACAACGCCCUGCUGUCCCAUGAGGGCCAGUACACCUGUGUGGUCACCAACUCUGCAGGGGAGGACAAGAGAGACUUUCAUGUCACCAUUCAGGUUCCUCCGAUCUUCCACCGGGUGACUAACAGAGAAGCAGCCUGGGGUCUGGGACAUGAGGAUGACAAUAACAAUGAGGACAUGGUAGAGAAGCGGGAGGUGGUCCUGGGUCAUCCGAUCAGCUUGUCCUGUGAGAGCAAUGCAAUCCCCCCACCAAAGCUCAGCUGGUAUAAAGAUGGAAGAAAACUCACCUCCUCUGCAGAUGGGGUGGUGCUACUUCCAGGUGGACAGGUGCUACAAAUCCCGCGAGUGCAGACAGAAGAUGCUGGAAAAUACACUUGUCAGGCUGUGAAUGAGGCAGGAGAGGACCACAUGCACUUUGAACUGGAGAUUCUGGUCCCUCCUGUGAUCACGGGAGCACUGGAGGAGUUCAUGGAGGAGAUGGGAGCAGUGGCCAACAGCACUGUGGUCCUCCACUGUGACGCGACUGGACACCCUGCUCCAGUCAUCUCCUGGCUGAAAGAUGGGCAGCCGGUGCACACAGAUCCACAGCACCACAUCAGUGAGGAUGGGACUCAGCUCCAGCUCCUCAGUGUUCAGGUGUCCGACAUGGCCGGGUAUUUGUGUGUCGCUGAGAACAAGGUUGGAACAGUUGAGAAGUUGUUCAGUCUGACAGUGCAAGUGCCUCCGAGAAUAAUUGGCAGCAAGGAAGAGGAAGUUAGCGUGAUCGAUGGCCACAUGGUGUCUUUGCUGUGUGACGUCCAAGCAUACCCUCCUCCAGAGAUCACCUGGACCAGAGACGGACAGGUCCACUUGUUUGGCAAUGGCAUUAACGUUCUCCCAGGUGGCCAGAUGCUCCAGUUGACCCGGGCGAGACUGGAGGAUGCGGGGCAGUAUGUCUGCACAGCCACCAAUGCGGCAGGCCAAGACCAGAAGAAUAUUCUCCUGAGUGUUUAUGUCCUGCCCACCCUGAAGCCCCGACUUGAUGCUGAGUCAGACUUGGUUACCCCUCAGGUUGGCUCCUCUGUCACACUGAGAUGCGAAGCCCAUGGUGUUCCCGAGCCUGAGGUCACAUGGUAUAAGAACGGGCUGCAAUUGGCUGUAGGGAACGGACUGAAGAUGGAUCGUCACCAGCUGGAGAUCACAGGAGUUCAGAUGACAGAUGGUGGCACCUACACUUGCAAAGUGUCAAACAUUGCGGGACAGGUGGACAGGACAUUCAGACUGAUGGUUCAUGUUCCACCUGUCCUUGCUGGGCCACUCCAGGAAUCUCUAAACUACACCCUGGGCUCCCAUGUGGGUCUGAUAUGUGAGGCCACAGGGGUCCCUGCCCCCAGCAUCACCUGGCUCAAAGAUGGAGCACCUAUUGAGAGCAGUCUGCAGUGGCAGUGGUCUGUUCGAGGGAACCGACUGGAGCUGGGGCCUCUCACUUUGUCACAUGCUGGAACAUACACCUGCUUGGCAAAGAACAGCGAGGGCCGCACACAGAAGGACUACACAAUCAAAGUGCAAGUAUCACCCACAAUCCUGGACUCUGACCACCCAUCUGACGUUAGUGCACCCAUGGGAGAGGAGCUGGACCUGGAGUGCAGAGCAACUGGAACCCCCACACCCCGCCUCAGCUGGCUGAAAGACGGAGUGACUUUAGAGGGAUCAGACAGCCGUCACAUCUCUGUGACUCCUGACGGCAGCACGCUAACAUUACUGAGGCUGAGUCCAGAGGAUUCUGGGACGUACACCUGCUUGGCUUUCAGCCCGGCCGGACAGGAAAGCAAAAUCUACACCCUCUUCGUUUUAGUCCCACCAUCCAUCUCUGGGGAGACCACUGUCCCCAAGGAGGUGCAGGUCACACAGGACAGCGCCGUGACUCUGGAGUGUCAGGCGGCAGGAAAUCCUCCGCCUCAAAUCAGCUGGCUGAGGAACGGACGUCCGCUGCUCCUCUCUCCCCGUGCACGCCUCCUCUCUGGUGACUCUGUGCUGAGGAUCUCUCCUGUGCAGCUGUCAGACUCUGGAGUUUACACAUGUGUGGCACGCAGUCGAGCUGGACUAGCUGAGCUAAGCUAUGACGUCCAGGUCCAAGUGCCCCCAGGUGUUGAUCACGUUGAACCAGUGGAGCCAGUUACAGUCGUCCAAGGAUCCUUGGUCACGUUAACCUGCGAGGCACGUGGCGUUCCCCCUCCCACACUAACGUGGAUGAAGGACAGCCAGCCGCUGUCCCUUCACCGCAACCUGCUGCUGGAUGGGCAGGAGACGCGGCUGCAGCUGCCCGACGUGGCGCCCUCAGAUGCUGGCCUCUACAGCUGCAUGGCCAGUAACCAGGCCGGCAGCAGCACGAAGAGCUUUAACCUUACCGUGCUUGAGCCUCCAAAGAUUUCCAGCUCCAACUCUCCAGAGCUGACCAUAGCAGUUGACAAUCCACUGGAACUGGAGUGCUCGGCUGUGGGCGUCCCACCCCCCACCCUCAGUUGGCUCAAAGAUGGUCUCCCCUUAGAAGGAGCGGACAUUGUUCAGCAGGAUGGACACUUUGUCAGGAUUAGCAAAGUUCAGGUGCAGGAUGCAGGUCUGUACACUUGCUUGGCCAGCAGCCUGGCUGGAGAGGAUGGAAAAAACCACUGGGUCCGAGUCCAAGUCCCCCCUACCCUCCUUGGCUCUGGUGAUGUGAGAACAUUGACAGUGCCAGUUAAUGGACACCUGACCUUGGAAUGCCUGGCAGAUAGUGACCCCCCUCCCGAUAUAGAGUGGUACAAGGAUGAGGCCAAGCUGCAGCCAGGGGGUCGUAUCCAGAGGUUGGCAGGGGGUCAGUACCUGGAGAUACAGGAAGUCAGGCCGGACGACAGUGGUCAGUACAGCUGUGUGGUCACCAACAUGGCUGGAAGCACCAGUCUGCUUUUCACAGUGGAGAUUCUGUUGCCGCCAGUAAUAAAGGAGAGCAGUUCACUGGUGACAACCCAUGUGGGCCAGGAUGCCCAUUUACCCUGUGAAGUUGAAGGUGACUCAUCACCCACAGUCGUAUGGAGAAAAGAUGGCUUUCCUGUGUCUUUGGAUGACAAAAAAUACAUGAUAUCAGAGGGCUCAUUGCACGUACAUGAGGCUCAGCUGAGUGAUGCUGGUCGUUACUACUGUACCGUGUCCAACCAGGCGGGCUCAGAUCACCGGGGGAUUGAUCUACGGGUGUUUGUGGGUCCUUCAAUCAGUCCAGGUCCAUUCAACGUGACAGUGACCACAGGGAUUAGAGCUGUUCUGAGCUGUGAGAUUACAGGUAUACCUCCACCUAAGGUGUCCUGGAAGAGGAAUGGCUCUCCACUUGAUAUCAGUCAGCUGCCAGGAGAAUACAGGAGUCUGUCCUCAGGUUCCCUUGUUCUUCUGUCGCCGUCCAUUGAGGAUGAAGGUUACUUUGAGUGCACUGCUGUUAAUGAUGUUGGGGAGGAGCGCAGGGUCAUUGAGGUCAUUGUACAAGUCCCACCGACUAUUGAAGAUGAUAUCACGACUGUGACGGCUGUGAAAAUGUCUCCUGUGGUGUUGCCUUGUCACGUACAAGGACGUCCUCAGCCUACCAUCACAUGGACGAAAGGAGGCACCAAACUGGGCCCCAGAGGAGGAACAUACCGUGUCCUUCCCACAGGAGUGUUGGAGAUUACAGCUGCAGUUCCAAGUCAUGCUGGCAGAUACACAUGCUCAGCCCGAAACCCAGCCGGAGUGGCACACAAACAUAUGUCUCUCACAGUGCAAGAGCCUCCAGAGAUCAGGCCAAUGGCAGAGGAAGUGCAGGUGGUGUUGCAUCAUGGAACUGUUCUACCCUGUGAGGCUCAAGGCUUCCCGAGACCAUCCAUCACUUGGCAAAGAGAGGGAGUUCCCAUAGCAGCAGGUCACAGACUGGCUGUCCUCUCAAACGGAGCCCUGAAGUUUUCUCGUGUCACACUUGGUGAUGCGGGGACUUAUCAGUGCCUGGCAAAGAAUGAAGCUGGCGUAGUUGUGGGCAGGACCAAGUUAGUCCUUCAAGUUCCACCAGUGUUAAGCGUUCCUCGUGUGGAGUACACUGCAGUGCUGGGCCAGCCAGUCAGUCUGGAGUGUGCAGCUGAUGGGCAGCCGCAACCUGAAGUUACUUGGCACAAAGAGAGGAGGCCUGUGGUCGACAGCACACACAUACGUAUCUUUGCCAAUGGAACUCUGGCAAUUACUUCAACGCAGCGCAGUGACGCUGGCCUUUACACAUGUACUGCCAAAAACCUUGCCGGCAGAACCAGCCAGGACAUGAGACUAGUUAUUCAAAUCCCGCCCCUGAUUCCUCCUGCACAGACAGAGCUGUCAGUCAUGCAGGGAUUUCAGGCUCUGCUGCCGUGUGCUGCUCAGGGUUCACCGGAGCCCCGAGUGUCAUGGAAGAAGGAUGGUGCCAUCAUGGCCAACCUUCCUGGCAAAUUCACUGUCCUGCGAUCAGGAGAGUUGAUAAUUGAGAGAGCUGAGCCAGGGGAUGCUGGAGUGUUUACAUGCGUGGCCACAAACCCAGCAGGCUCAGCGAGACAAGACAUCCGUCUGUCCAUCAACAUGAGGCCUGCCUUCAAGGAGCUGCCAGGUGACGUAACCCUGAACAAAGGACAGAGUCUGGCCUUGUCCUGCCAUGCCCAGGGAACACCGUCUACUGUCAUCUCCUGGACUGUUAACAACAGCCCCUACUUAGGUGCCACUGUGGAUGAGGCCGGCAGGAGCUCCAUCAUCAUCGACAACGUGACUACAAGUGAUGCUGGGACCUAUGUGUGCAUUGCAGAAAACAGCGUGGGCUCAAUCCGAGCGCUGUCAUUUGUCCGCAUUAGAGAGCCUCCGGUGCUGAAGGGUGAAGCCCACAUGUCUCAGACAGCCGUACAGGGUGGCUCGGCCAUGCUCGACUGUCCAGUCCAGGGAGACCCCAGCCCUGUGCUACGCUGGCUGCGGGAUGGAAAACCCUUGCUGCGUUCCCUCCGAAUGCAGGCACUUCUCAAUGGAUCUUUGGUCAUUUACAGAAUCACAGCUUCAGAUGAAGGGGAGUAUCAGUGUGUGGCCGAGAGUGAAGCUGGAACAGUUGAGAGGACCAUUACUCUCAAGGUUCAGAUCAAUGGAGGCUACUCUAACUGGCAGGAGUGGAGUCCAUGUAGCAUCACCUGUGGACAAGGUUUCCAAGAACGAAUAAGAUUAUGCAACAACCCAGAACCAGCCAAUGGGGGCCGAUCAUGCAGUGGUCCCAGUAUCGAUUCUAGGAAAUGUCAUGCUGGUCUCUGUCCAGGAGAGACGCCUCGCAAGACCAGAGGCAGCCUGAUCGGCAUGGUGAAUGAGAGGGAGUUUGGCGUGUCCUUCCUGGAGGCCAAUAUUUCAGACAAUGUGGAUGAAGCCAGCAGUACUGUGCAGGCACGCCUCGACAACAUCCCUCCCAGCGUGGGUCCUUUGCUGCGGGUGCUGGUGUCUGUGUUCGCUCCCAUCUACUGGACGACUGUGCUGCAGAGCGGAGAAGCCAGAAACGGCUACUCCUUCACUCAGGGCCGGUUCAGACAGGAGUCCCAGCUGGAGUUCGAGACUGGUGAGAUCCUUCGUCUGACCCACGUGGCCCGGGGUGUGGAUUCUGAGGGAGUCUUACUAAUCGACAUCGUAGUUAACGGAUUUGUUCCUCCUUCAUUAUCCUCGUCUCAUAUGAGCCUCCAGGAAUUUGAUGAGUCAUACAUUCAAACGGGCCAAGGGCAGCUGUACUCGUGGUCAUCGCAGACCCACCAGAAAGGAGGAAACCCCAUGGUGCUCCGCUGUAAUCACACCAUUAUUUACGAGGACCAGGAGGAGCGCCAGGGCCCUCUGCUCCAGCUGCUAAAGGUCUCUGGGAUGAACGGUGUCUACAACAUGUUUACUCUCACUUUGGACUUCCACAUCACUGCCAGCCUACUCAUACCAGACGGUUAUGGAGACACAUGCCCUAAAGGUUUCAUUCUUGACACAGCCUCCUACUGUGCUGAUGAAGAUGAGUGUGCACUGCAGUCUCCCUGCUCUCAUUCCUGUAACAACAUCAUGGGAGGCUUUACCUGCGCCUGUCCCUCUGGUUUUAGCAUCUCUACAGAGACCAACACAUGCCAAGAUAUCGAUGAGUGUUCCCAGGGCUCACACAUGUGUCACUACAACCAGCAGUGUGUCAACACGGUGGGCACGUAUCGCUGUCAGGCCAAGUGUGGCCCAGGAUUUAAGCCCAGCAUCACAGGAACCAGCUGUGAAGAUGUGGACGAGUGCCAGGAGUCUGCUCUCUCACCAUGCCAGCAUCAGUGCCUCAAUACUCUGGGCUCCUUCCGCUGUAUCUGCCACCCUGGAUAUCAGCUGUCGGGACAUCGCUGCAUUGAUAUCAAUGAGUGCAUGAGAAAUGUUUGCCCGGCUCACCAGCAGUGCCAAAACACAGAGGGAGGAUACCAGUGUUUCGACAGCUGUCCGGCAGGCAUGACCAAAGCAGACAAUGGAGCCUGCAUGGAUAUUGACGAGUGCCAGGAUGGAAGCCACAUGUGUCGCUACACUCAGAUCUGUCAGAACACAAUCGGCGGUUACGGAUGUGUAUGUUCCAGAGGUUAUCGAACACAAGGAGUAGGACUUCCAUGUCUGGACAUUGACGAAUGCCUGCAGACACCGAACCCUUGUGCCUUCCAGUGCCGCAAUGUGCCUGGCAGCUUCAGGUGCCUGUGCCCACCCGGUACUGUGCUGCUUGGGGAUGGACGCUCCUGUGCAGGGCUGGAGAGAGGGCAGACCUUCACCAAUGGGACCAGAGUCAGGGCAAGAGUCCGCCCGCAGCUAGUGUCAUCUCUGGGGAGGCCAAUCCUCUCGCGUUCUCACGGAGCAUCUCGCAUCACCAGACAGAGCUGUCCUGCAGGGUACACCAACAGAGACGGAACGUGUGUUGAUGUGGAUGAGUGUCUGCUCAGGAAGCCAUGCCAACACGAGUGUCGGAACACCAUUGGCAGUUUCCAGUGCCAGUGUCCCCCGGGUUAUCAGCUCUUACCCAAUGGCAGGAGCUGUAAAGACAUUGAUGAGUGUGAAGAACAAGGCAUCCAGUGUGGACACAAUCAGAUGUGUUUUAACACCAGAGGAGGACACCAGUGCCUGGAUACACCCUGCCCUGCUUCCUUUCAGAGUGGUGCAAGCCCUGGGACAUGUUACAGGCCCUGCUCUCUGGACUGUGCCACAGGAGGCUCUCCUCUGCUCCUGCAAUACAAGCUGCUCACACUGCCCUCUGGCAUUCCAGCUAAUCACAAUGUGGUACGACUGUCGGCUUUCUCUGAGUCAGGCGUCCUGCAAGAGCGCACGGCUUUCACCAUACUUGAGCAACAAUCAGAGACGGGUGUAAUGGGCCGGGUGUUUGGCAUUAGAGACGAGGCCGGCAGGGGGAUCAUCUUCACCAUGCGGGCUCUGGAACGAGCAGGACUUGUGCGGCUGAAGGUGCAGGCCACCACCAUCUCGCUGCAGGGCCGCAUCACCUACCAGAGCAUCUUCAUCAUUUACAUCUCCAUCUCAACGUACCCCUACUGAGCCUCUGUGCUGCUUUACAGAUGACUCUGCCACCCACUGUCACACAAGGCAGUCCCCCCCCCGAAAUCCCAGUGCCUUGGACACAUUAGGCCACGUGAAGAAAGAGGAAACAUAUAGACUAGGUGGACAUAGAGGAUUUCAUGAAGAUGAGUAACCCCCUGUUCUGUGACAAAAAAGUCAAUGGAAAAAGUAAAUGAAAAGACCUUCCUUUUUUCUUUUUUUUUUUUAAAGUGGCCUUCAGUUGGAAAAGUGAAUAAAUUAUAGAGCAGAUCAUUCUCAACUGAAGACAUCUAUCUGAACUGACAAACAUGCUGGAUGAACAUUUUUAUUUGUUCAUUUUUUAUUGACCAUAUGCUCUAACUCUAAAUCAAUAUCUGAAAAUGCACAAAACC